UCCCUCCAUCCCAUUUUCCCUCUCUUUCUAUAUAAAUCCGCACCUACCCUUUUCAUUCCUCAUUUCCAGCUUUUCUUUUCUAUCCUUUUCUCGUCUCGUCUUUUCUUUUCCUUUCGCGAGGCGAGCGAGCCACUGUAAUCUUUUCCUUUCCUUACAACUUACUCAUCAGGUCUCUUUGAGUCGAAGCCAUGGCCACCGGACAGUUGUUUUCUCGAACAACUCAAGCCUUAUUCUAUAACUACAAACAACUUCCUAUUCAACGCAUGCUUGAUUUCGAUUUCCUUUGCGGGAGGGAAACACCGUCCGUCGCUGGUAUCAUUAAUCCUGGUGCCGAGGGAUUUCAGAAACUCUUCUUUGGUCAAGAGGAAAUAGCGAUCCCAGUGCAUUCAACCAUUGAGGCAGCAUGUGCUGCACAUCCAACUGCCGAUGUUUUUAUUAACUUUGCAUCAUAUCGAAGUGCUGCUGCUUCGUCCAUGUCUGCUCUGAAACAACCUACCAUUCGAGUUGUUGCUAUAAUUGCUGAAGGUGUUCCUGAAUCAGACACCAAACAGUUGAUUGCAUAUGCACGUUCCAACAACAAGGUUGUUAUUGGCCCAGCUACUGUUGGAGGAAUUCAAGCUGGAGCUUUUAAGAUAGGUGACACUGCUGGAACAAUUGACAAUAUUGUUCACUGCAAGCUGUACAGGCCUGGAUCUGUUGGCUUUGUCUCCAAAUCUGGUGGCAUGUCGAAUGAAAUGUACAACACUAUUGCCCGUGUUACAGAUGGAAUUUAUGAAGGCAUAGCUAUUGGAGGAGAUGUCUUCCCAGGAUCCACCUUAUCCGACCAUAUUUUGAGAUUUAACAACAUUCCACAGGUCAAGAUGAUGGUUGUCCUUGGAGAACUUGGUGGACGAGAUGAGUAUUCCUUAGUUGAAGCCCUGAAACAGGGAAAAGUGAACAAACCAGUGGUUGCUUGGGUCAGUGGAACUUGUGCACGACUCUUCAAAUCAGAAGUACAGUUUGGUCAUGCUGGAGCUAAGAGUGGUGGUGAGAUGGAGUCUGCACAGGCAAAGAAUCAAGCACUAAGGGAAGCUGGAGCUGUUGUUCCCACUUCAUAUGAAGCUCUGGAAGCUACAAUCAAGGAAACAUUUGAGCAACUGGUUGAAGAAGGGAAGAUUACACCGGUCAAGGAAGUUAAGCCUCCACAAAUCCCAGAAGAUCUUAACAGUGCUAUUAAGAGCGGGAAAGUUCGUGCUCCAACUCAUAUUAUUUCGACCAUCUCUGAUGACAGAGGGGAGGAACCAUGCUAUGCUGGUGUGCCCAUGUCUUCCAUUGUUGAGCAAGGUCUUGGUGUUGGUGAUGUCAUUUCUCUCUUGUGGUUCAAACGAAGCCUUCCACGAUACUGUACUAAAUUUAUUGAGAUAUGCAUCAUGCUCUGUGCUGACCAUGGUCCCUGUGUCUCUGGUGCGCACAACACUAUAGUGACUGCAAGAGCUGGGAAGGACCUUGUGUCCAGUCUUGUGUCAGGUUUGCUUACAAUUGGUCCUCGCUUUGGUGGUGCAAUUGAUGAUGCUGCACGAUACUUUAAAGAUGCUUACGAUAGGGGUCUUACACCUUAUGAAUUUGUUGAAAGCAUGAAAAAGAAGGGCAUCCGUGUGCCUGGAAUUGGUCACAGGAUCAAGAGAGGGGACAACAGAGAUAAGAGAGUAGAGCUUCUCCAACUGUUUGCUCGCACAAAUUUCCCAUCUGUGAAGUACAUGGAAUAUGCCGUUCAAGUUGAAACCUACACUCUCUCAAAGGCUAACAACCUUGUCCUCAACGUGGAUGGUGCCAUCGGGUCACUUUUCUUGGAUCUUCUUGCUGGUAGUGGAAUGUUCACAAAGCAAGAGAUUGAUGAGAUUGUUGAGAUUGGCUACCUAAAUGGGCUCUUUGUGCUAGCACGAUCCAUUGGUUUGAUUGGGCACACUUUCGAUCAGAAGAGACUGAAGCAGCCACUAUACCGUCACCCAUGGGAAGAUGUUCUCUACACUAAGUGAGAGAACAUUACGAGCAGCAGUUGCAAUCUCCUCGAGCAUUGUUGUUACAGGAGUCCUUGUUUGUGUCUGCAUUUUUAUGGGGUAUGGUGGUUCGGUUCUUAGAUUAUUGUUUGUAAGGUAAGGCUAAAUGGUAGAUCACCAUCAUUUCUAAGUUGUAUUCAAGGUCCACAUAGGAGAGAAAAGAAAUCUCAAAAAUGUUGCGUGAUUCGUUUUUAGUUUUUUACCAGUUUCACGGAUAAAUAAGACAUCUCGUGCACAUUGUAUUGUAAUAUUUUAUGAGAAAUUUCGAAAUUAGGAAUCAUCUAUUCUCGGAUUAUACAAUAAGGUAGUUCAAGUUAA